AUGACCAUUUCCGCCGAAACCAUCCCAACAGUGGAUCUCAGUCCCUGGCUGAACCCCGACGCAUCUCAAGAAGCCAAAGACACUGUGGUCAAAGCAGUUAGCAACGCCUGCUCCACCUACGGCUUUUUCAACCUUGUCGGCCAUGGAAUUCCUGAGAAAGCCCAAAACAAGAUCUUUGAAUGCAGCAAAGAAUUCUUUGAUCUUCCGCUGAACGAAAAGAUGAAGGUCUCCGUGGACAAGUCCCUGGGCAAAUCUUACCGAGGGUACGAACCGUCCAGGAUCCAAACCCAUCAAGAAGGACUGUUACCCGACACCAAAGAGGUAAGUCUACCCAAUUAUCUCCGAAGAGAAGACAAAGCAAGUGUCAACACACACAAACUAUAUUGUUUUAUUACCGGUGCAGAAACCCCCGCCGAUCAUCCGGACGUGGGCAAGUUUUCGACCGGCCCAAACCUCUGGCCAGGAACCUUGCCUUAUGAAGAUUUCCGCCAACCAGUGAUGGAGUAUCGGGCAAGAAUGCUCGAGCUCGUCGGCAUACUGAUCAAGAUCCUGGGCCAAGGACUGCCCAAGGCAUGGGGCUAUUCGCCUGAUGUUCUCAAUGGUAUCUUGAUCAACCCAUCAAUUCCGAUGAGGCUGUUGCAUUAUGCACCCGAAACGAACAUUGACCCCCGACAGUUUGGAGUUGGUGACCAUACCGACUUCGGCUGCGUCUCUAUUCUUCUUCAACAGGCAAACACGAAGGGUCUGGAAGUUUGGUACCCUUCAACCAAAACCUGGAUUCCGGUCCCGGUGGUCGAGAAUGCCUUCGUAAUCAACAUGGGUGACACGAUGCACCGGUGGACGGGCGGCCACUACCGUAGUGCUCGGCAUCGCGUUUUGAUCUCCGGAAAUCGCAGAUAUAGUGUCGCAUUCUUCCUCAACGGCAACCUCAACCUGAAGAUCAAACCCCUUGACGGUUCUGGGGAAGAGGCUAGCGUUGGUGAACAUAUCAAUUCGAGGCUGGCGCACACCCUGGGAAAUAAUGCCACGUAUCUGAAGUAG